GGGUUGUGUCCUUUGUUGUGACCUCAUGGUUUAACUGGGAAUAAAGAUGAGUAUAAGCAGUGAUGAGGUUAACUUCCUGGUAUAUAGAUACUUGCAAGAGUCAGGGUUUUCCCAUUCAGCAUUUACCUUUGGUAUAGAGAGCCAUAUCAGCCAGUCUAAUAUAAACGGUGCUCUGGUGCCCCCAGCUGCUUUGAUUUCCAUCAUCCAGAAAGGUCUGCAGUAUGUAGAGGCAGAAGUCAGCAUUAAUGAGGAUGGUACCUUGUUCGAUGGUAGGCCGAUAGAGUCUCUCUCACUGAUAGAUGCAGUAAUGCCUGAUGUGGUACAGACAAGACAACAGGCCUACAGAGACAAACUUGCACAACAGCAGGCAGCAGCCGCCGCAGCUGCAGCCGCGACUAACCAACAGGGAUCGGCGAAAAAUGGAGAAAAUACUGCAAACGGAGAAGAGAAUGGAGCACAUACUAUAGCAAAUAAUCACACAGAUAUGAUGGAAGUAGACGGAGAUGUCGAAAUCCCUCCCAACAAGGCAGUGGUGCUGCGUGGCCAUGAAUCCGAAGUGUUCAUCUGUGCCUGGAACCCCGUCAGUGACCUUUUGGCCUCAGGAUCUGGAGAUUCGACAGCACGGAUAUGGAACCUCAGCGAAAACAGCACGAGCGGCUCUACGCAGCUGGUACUUCGACACUGUAUACGAGAAGGAGGGCAGGAUGUACCCAGCAACAAAGAUGUGACAUCGCUGGAUUGGAACAGUGAAGGUACACUUCUAGCAACUGGGUCUUACGAUGGCUUUGCAAGGAUAUGGACUAAAGACGGUAAUCUUGCCAGCACCUUAGGGCAACAUAAAGGUCCUAUAUUUGCGUUAAAAUGGAACAAGAAAGGAAACUUCAUUUUAAGUGCAGGAGUGGACAAGACCACAAUUAUUUGGGAUGCCCACACUGGCGAAGCCAAGCAGCAGUUUCCUUUUCAUUCUGCACCAGCAUUAGAUGUUGAUUGGCAGAGUAACAACACCUUUGCCUCUUGCAGUACAGACAUGUGUAUUCACGUCUGUAAACUAGGACAAGAUAGGCCCAUCAAAACCUUCCAGGGUCACACAAAUGAAGUAAACGCGAUCAAAUGGGAUCCAACUGGUAAUCUUCUGGCAUCCUGCUCUGAUGAUAUGACUCUGAAGAUCUGGAGUAUGAAACAAGACAGUUGUGUCCAUGAUUUACAAGCACACAACAAAGAAAUUUAUACCAUCAAAUGGAGUCCUACAGGACCAGGAACAAAUAACCCCAAUGCCAAUCUUAUGUUAGCAAGUGCGUCCUUCGAUUCUACUGUUAGGUUAUGGGAUGUAGACAGAGGAAUUUGUAUUCAUACUCUGACAAAACAUCAAGAACCUGUGUACAGUGUAGCUUUCAGUCCUGAUGGCAGGUACCUGGCCAGCGGCUCCUUUGAUAAGUGUGUACACAUCUGGAAUACACAGACAGGUGCCCUAGUUCACAGUUAUCGGGGAACAGGAGGGAUUUUUGAGGUUUGCUGGAAUGCAGCAGGAGACAAAGUUGGAGCAAGUGCUUCAGAUGGUUCAGUUUGCGUAUUAGACCUACGGAAAUAGCGCUACUAGUUGGAAGCCAUGGACCGACUAUGAAUGUGUACAUAGCCAAAAUGACUGUCCCUGACCCAUGUACUGCUAUAGUCCCGAUUGAACCAUGGCCAGUCCACUACAGCCAAACGUAAAGAAAUAUAUACAUAUACUGUAUAUA